GACCCGAUCGAUCAACGAAACCGAAAAAAAAUGAAUUACGCGUUAAAUCUCCUAUUAUAUUAUCUGUAUGUAAAAUAUAAAGAUCGAAGAUUGAGUCGUUGUGGAUUGAAAUUGACUAGAGUACGCCGAAAUCCGGCAGUUACAGACUGAAGCGCCACUAGUGUUAUGGCCUUUUCCUGUUCACGCUUGCUCCAAGAAAGACGUGAACGAAACUUGUAUGUUAAAUCAUGGCUGACAUGGAAGCAUAUGAUGAUAUAGUGGUACCUACCACAACAACUUUGCCAGUGGCACUCUCUGCUGAAUUGCCAGAAAUUAAAUUAUUUGGUCGUUGGAAUUGUGACGAUGUGCAGGUGAACGAUAUGUCGUUACAAGAUUACAUUGCCGUGAAAGAAAAGAAUGCAAAGUACCUACCACAUUCUGCUGGACGUUAUGCCGCAAAGCGAUUUAGAAAAGCACAAUGUCCUAUUGUCGAACGUCUUACAAAUUCUUUGAUGAUGCAUGGUAGAAAUAAUGGCAAAAAGUUAAUGGCAGUAAGAAUUGUAAAACACGCCUUUGAAAUAAUUCACCUGUUGACAGGUGACAAUCCUUUACAGGUUCUUGUGACAGCUAUCAUCAACUCAGGACCAAGAGAAGAUUCUACCCGCAUUGGUCGUGCUGGUACAGUCAGAAGACAAGCGGUGGAUGUUUCUCCGCUACGACGAGUAAAUCAGGCCAUUUGGUUAUUAUGUACUGGUGCUAGGGAAGCUGCGUUCCGUAAUAUUAAGACAAUUGCCGAAUGUUUGGCUGAUGAACUUAUCAACGCUGCCAAAGGUUCGUCUAAUUCUUACGCGAUUAAAAAGAAAGACGAACUUGAACGUGUCGCUAAAUCUAAUCGAUAAACAUUUAAUCGUUUAAACAAAAAAAUAAAUGAUUUAUCUUUAAAGUGAUUCUCGUUAUGUAUUUCGUCCCUUUCGUUUAUAUAUAUAUGUAUAUGUAUAUGUAUGUACGAUAAAAAAGAAAGCGGGUUUAGAAAGAAUUUUAUUCAUAAUUUCAUAAAUCAGUUCGCUAAUGAAAAAACUAAGAUGUAGAAAUGAGAAAAAUUAAUAGAGAAUUAUUCGGUUUAAAAAAAUGGGAAGUUGUUAAAUGAUGUUU